UGUGAAGUUUAUUUUGGACCUGACUGGAAUUUGUUUCACCAUGGUCGCCAAUUCAUAAAAUAUAACAAAACGCCUGUCGGGGUUUCGGUGGAGUCUGUCUUAUCAUGAUGCCGGGUGACAGCCGUUUCAAAACGGCAGCAAUUGCAGCAGACGCGACGGUUGGAAACUGUCAAAACUGCCCUGUUUUGCACCAGAGCCUGACAGAAUAUGUGUCGUCAUUUCUGGCCCUGAAACAGAAGAUAACGGUUUCCGAUGACACGAUCAGGCUUCAACAACAGCUGGGAGAGCUGCAGAUCAGACUGGUUACGCUGGAGAAAAAGACUGCAGAUUAUGAAUCUGUGCGAGCAGAACUGGAGGAAAAGAAGGGUGCUCUUAAAACCUAUGGACAGAUGUCUGAAGAGAUGGACAAAUUGAAGCAGCAAAACAGCAGGACAAUGGCAGAGAAUAAGAAGCUUGAAGACCAGCUAAAGGAUGUGGAAGAACUGACAGAAACACGGUCACUUGAAAAUGCACGGCUGAAGAGGGAAAAGGCCGUUGUAGAAAAUGAUUUGCUGAAAACACAGACGUCUUUGAGGAAAUCUCAAGCACAAGCGGAUCAAGUUGAAAAAUUGAUAGAGGAGAACGCCAAGACAACAAGCAUAAAAGACAACCUUGAAAAUACAGUUAGACUUCUUGAAGAUUCAGUUUCCAAACAGAAUCAUCAAAUAUCCCAACUGACCAAAGAUAAGAUUCUGCUCGAGAGAAAUAUUGAUGACCUCCAGGUGAGGCUGAUGAAACUGGAAAGAGAAAGAAAUAAAGAGUAUAGGAGCGCAUCAACUCAAGCACGUGCACCCGAGGAGCCUAAAGUUGACAAAGAAAAGUUCCAGAUGCUGCUACAGAAUUUGUGGGCAUGUGUGGAACCUCAGCAGCAGCUCUCUGACAACUUAUUGCACGUACCUGAGUCCGGGUCCAAACAAGUUCUACCCUGCUCCCCACAAAACCGACUGCACCCUCAUCUGAGCUACGCAUCCCAGUCUGCUUCCCAUAAGACUAGAGAAUCCCACAGUUCCCCCAUGCAAACGAAUGCCACUUUGACCCAGUUAAAACCCUCUCCUCGUAAGCAGAAAGCCAUCAAGCAGCAAGCGUCUCUGCAGUCAACAAGUGCCAUGAAGCAAACAGACUCUUCCAAAAAGAGCAGGCGAUUGUUCAAGGAAAACAAAAGUGAGGGGUCAUCUGCUGACCUGGGCAGCUCCGAAGUAUCUGUUGGGAAAAUACUGGCAUUGUUCAAACCAAUGCUUCCCUGCAUAUCACCUCUACCAGAUUUGGACACAGAGAUGGACUCUAUGGAGACAACUGAUUGCGAAAAGGAAAACCAUCCCAAAAUCUCAGAUGACGGUGUUCUUCAUCCUCAAGAAGAGUCCCUCCUCAUCACAACAUCAAUAACACAGCACUGUCUGAAAUCUUCCGCACUGCCAACAGAGGAGACGGUGGACUUGCCAGUGGUCACAACACAGGAAGCGGAAGACAUUUCCAGUGAAAAUGACUCCAAAGACUUGGGACGACGUGAGUUGAGUGGCUUUACGGAAAUGACGGGCAAAAGUGGCCCAGGUGGUGAGGAAAUACAUCUUCAGAAACAGAUCCUGUUAGAGCAGGACCCAGCAACUGUGCAAUUAGUGUCAGCAUCGUCUUCUUUAUCUUCUUCCGCAUCAGACAUAACAAUUUUGGUUGAGGUUGUCUCGUUGACUACUGAAAGUCCAAAGCCAUCCUGCGGUGAAAAUGCUUUCGGAAAGGCAAAGGAAGAUCGGUCCGAGACAAUUACAAAGAUGGAUGUUGACACAAGCCCCAGUGAUGUUACAGUCGCUCCUGAUGGUGGAGAGUUGCCCAGAAAUACUGAUACAACUGCACUCUCUGAAGAAACAGGAAAUGUACAGUUAGAGUCCUCUGUUACUUCAUCAACAUUCAUUGACUCUGUGACAGACACUGAGGUUACAAAUUCAGAAAAUGGGUCAGAAAUGGGAACAAGUCAUCAGGACUAUUGUGGUCUGGGACAGGGCAGUCAAGACACCACAGUCGUCAAACCCCAGGAGAAUAAAAGCUGUCUUAGCAAGGAUACAGAAGUACCAGACGAUAAGCCCUGUUUGUCAAGCAGCGGCGAUGGCAUCGUCAGUGUCUCAAAUAGAAAUGUUGAAGAAAGGCUUGAAAGUGAGGCAUCCGUAAAACCUCUUGGGGAGGAAGUUGGGAAUAACGCACAAGGAGCUGGAGUAGUUGAUGUCGCAGCUUCUCUCUCAGAGUCAAAUGGCGAUAACAGACCUCCGUCUCCUAGCACGUCUCCACUGUUGACGAUGGAAGAUGAUGAGUCCCAUGCUGACCGAGAGUCUGGUCAAGCAAAUGUUGAAACCUCUUCAAAAAGGGAUGUUGACGAAGAGACAUUGAACACUGAAAUUCUAGCAGAUCGAGGGCCUUCCCUCUCUGACUCCAAAGACACCGUCAACUGUGAAUCUCUGAAAGAAAGUAUACAUUCGGCAUGCAGGCGGUUGAGUCCUUCGUGUCUGUUACCCACUUUGGAAUUGCAGACUUUGCCUAAUUUAGAGGAAGAAGGUGUCAUUGAAAAGGCUGUUGUCAAAGACCUGCUUCAGGACAGCAAAGACGCAAGUAACCAUAAAGUGAGCCGAUAUAACUUGCGCUCCGUUAGUUCUACUACCUCAUUAAAGUGUGCUGCUGCCACAAAUGGACAAAAUAUAGGUUUGGAGUCGUGUAAAAAAACGCCUGAAAAACCAAGCCCUCGUGUGAUUAGAGAGGAAGAGCCUAGACCAGUGGCAGGUUCAGCUACAGCUCAACCCCCAGAAUACAUUGGCCAAGUUCGCUCUGAAAUGGGCCCUCCGCUUCCUUGUCUCCUGACCCCCCUGAGCACACCUCCAAAGGCGGGCAAAUCAAUCAAUCCAAGGCAGGCUAUCGGGAAACUCUCAUUUCCCUCGCCCAUGGAUAGAUUGGCUUCGCCCACCAAUCCCAUCCAGGCCCACUUGACACCCGUAAACCAGCAUCUGAGUUCCUCAUCGUUAAACAGUCCACUCCCUCCAAACGGAGUCCCCUCAUCACCACUUCAGUUUGGCUCUGCGACUCCAAAACAUGCCCUGUCCGUUCCAGGUCGCUUGCCCGUGAUGGCGAUGAACUCUUCCCCGUUGUCUUCCUCCAGUCCGUCGCAGGAAAACUCCAUGAGGAUUCUCGACACCAUGUACCCGGAGCUCUCGGCCCACGGCCGAACUCUGAGCAUUCUCAGAGGCAACGUCGGUCUCAGCAUCUGUUCAUCGGAGGGCGGAACGUCACCGACAUCAACCGACAGCCAGAUGUCUUGCUUUAAAACCGUUAACUCUACUUCAACGGCCUUCACCAAGACUGAGACGAGAGGAGCGAAAAGACAGGCCACCUAUCUGCCUCAACCUAAAAGCAGCAAAUGUCUCCGGCUAGAUAACUGCUCUCCUACGGUCAGUCGCAGGCAGGUGCCUUCUUCCUCCUCCUCAAACAGUGGAGAGGAGACUACCUCACCCCAGACUCCGAGCAUCACACCGCUCAAAAAUGAGACGACCGCUCCAUCGACGAAAGGCGCAGAGCCUGCAGAGCAAAAUCUUAUCGUGAACUAUUUAAAGAAUAUUGAAAACCAGGCUUUUGAUCUAUUGCCUGUGAUCCAGAGCCACCUAUAUGUUGGUAACCUGCCCAAAAAGCCUGUCUUGAGAGACGAGGAGAAGGAGGUUAUCUCUGAGAUUUGCCGAAGCAGCUCGCUUAAGGCAGAUGAUAUGAUUUUGCCCAUCCUGAACAAGCUGAAAGCAGAGAAAAGAGAGCUCAGCAGAAACUACAUGCAGGCCCUCUGUAGAGUGUACACAGGGAUCUGCAGACAGAGGAGAGACUGGGAGAAGGCUCACAUCCUGGCCUACAGCCUCCUCACAGAAGAUUUCCCAGACUCUGCUGAGCUGAUUUUGUUCAUGGUGACAACAUGGCCCAACGUCCUCUCACACAGUAGUUCUCUGUGCCAGGCAAUACAUACUGUCACCAAACUGAAAGCGCAAGAAAACAUCCUCGGCUGCCUUUCAGCAUUCCUUGGUUGGGAGAAGAGUCCUCCCUGUGACAUCGACGAGCUGAUCUCCAGAACACUCUCUGAUAUUCGGUCCGGGUCAAGCUUGUCUUUCACUGCACAUUGUCGCUACGGACAUGACCUUGGGACUGAGGCGUGGCAGAAUAUCUUCACACUGCAACUCCUUUGUACACACAAGAAGUGGAAGUGGACUUAUGAUCAGUUAUUGAGCAAGGAGUUGUGGCCAUUAAUGAACACGUGGGUGACCCAGCCCAGAGAACAACAAGCACCCAUCUCUGAUGUGACUGUCGCCACCGUACUCCGACUCAUAGGACGCCUCAGUCAACUGGGAAUCAAAGAGAGGUGUGUUCCCUCUGUGGUAACUGUCGCCAACGUCAUCAACACGUUUGGUAGGCACGGACAGACUGAAGGUGUGCCAUGGGAGGUCCAGUUAGCAGCCAUCUACUGCAUCUACGACCUGUCUCCCUGCAAUCCCAAACAAGCCCUGGAUGCCAUGGCAGAAUGGCGAGGAGAAACGUCUCAGAGCGUCCCUCCUGCAGUUACCAGCUGCAUUAACCAGUUAGCGUCUGUCUGCAGACAGGCUUUGAGCUGAGAGAGACACACGCAUGCUGCAUUAAUCCACAUGAACAUGCAUGUGAGUCUGUCCCUAUGUUGAAGACUGGGUGAAAGAAAUUAUGCAAAAGUUCAAAAAGCUCAAAGUUAAUUUGAACUUGUUGACUGGCAGCCGAUGACAGAGAUGUUUGGGUUUUGUGCUCUUCCUUAAUACACGGUGCCUGGAGGUUCAUAUUCAGUCUUGAAUUGAAAUGCGCUGUGAAAGACGGUUUCAGACAGUCAAACGUUUUAGUUUUUUGUUAUGUGCACUUUUACUUUAACAUCAAUACAUUAUUUAAAUGUACUCUGAUUUUGUAGCAACUUUCUCCUACAAUUUUAUUGUUGGAGACAUUUAAAAUUGGUUUUCCUAACAUUUUAGCUGUCCACACCCUGUAAUAAAGGUACUGGCUUAACUCCCUGCCUUUGUUUUUGCUGUACUCAGGUAAUGCUCUAAAAUAUUGUAAAGUAUGUAGGCCUACAUGUGUUCUGGUAUCAUUGUGGUGCUCCUGUAUAUGUUUCUUCAUUCAAGUGUAUGUAAAUAUGAGGUAUCGCCGUUUGUAUGAAUGAAAAAUAAGAUUGCUACAGUAAAUGUUUUGUACAGUUUUACGUUUCAGAGGUUAUUUAACUUUUUCAAAUUAAAAUUUCUACAUAUUGAAAAAAAUUAUGUCUGUUUUGGUGCAUUCUCUCCU